CUUGCUUUUUUUAUUCGUCUCAUUUUAAAUCGUUCAAAAAAAAAAAAAAAAAUGCUAUCUAUUCAAAAGCAUCGUAUUUUCGAUACAUAUCAUAAAACACUCAUUAGAAAACGUUAUGCUUCUCAAAGCAGCAUUGGUAUUAGACGAGAGGAUAAGAGUCGCUGGGAACGACGUGCAGCCUUAACUCCCAGUUCCGUCAAAAGACUCAUUGAAGAAACAGGAGCUCAAGUCUACGUACAGCCGAGCACGAAGCGUAUAUUUUCUAUCGAAAGUUAUGAAAAAGCUGGAGCUAUCAUUAGCGAAGAUAUAUCCAAAGCAGACAUCAUUUUGGGUAUCAAAGAAGUUCCUGAAGCAGCUUUGAUUGAUGGAAAAACAUAUCUGUUCUUUUCUCAUACUCACAAAGGCAAUGAAAAGAACAUGCCGAUGCUUCAAAGUAUUAUUGAUAAGAAUAUAAGAUUGAUCGACUAUGAGUUAAUGAAAGACGCAACGGGUAGGAGACUCGUGGCUUUCGGCAAGUUUGCAGGAAAUGCCGGUAUGGUGGAUAUCUUUCACGGAAUGGGUCAGCGAUUUUUGGGUAUGGGAUAUAGCAGUCCUUUCAUGUAUAUGCCAAUGGCGCACACAUUCCCAACUAUAGCUGAAGCAAAAGCGGCAAUAGCUAGAAUGGGGAAUAUCAUUAGAGAAAAUGGCACUGCUAAGGAUUUUGGACCUCUGGUGUAUGCUUUUACAGGUUCAGGAAAUGUGGCUCAGGGGGCUAUGGAAAUGUUCAAAGAGACACCACAUGAAUUCGUUCCUGCAGAAGACCUUCCCAAGUUGAUGAAUGAUAAGAAUCCGAACUUGAACAAAUUAUACGCUACACAACUAGAAGUAACGGAUUACAUGGUACAUAAAGACAGUAAGGAAGCUCUUACUUGUCAAGAAGAGUACUUUUCGCAACCGAACAACUAUAUGUCAAACUUCCAACAUAAGAUUGCACCUUAUGUGAAUUGUGUCAUUACUGGUGCGUAUUGGGACAAGAGAUACCCACGUACUUUGACCAAUCAACAAUUACUCGAAAUCGAAAGGAUGAAACAGAAAGGAUUGAUGAAUAAAGGAAAGAUGAUGAGUUUAGCUGACAUCGUGUGCGACAUAAGGGGAGCCUUCGAAUGCUUGUCACACUGUACAAAUGUGGAUGAUGGCUUUUAUUACUAUGAUGCCAUAAAAGAUAUGGAACAUAAAAAUGCUGAAGGGGAUGGAAUACAGAUUAUGGGCAUUGAUAUUCUUCCUGCAGAAUUUCCUAUCGAGAGCAGUGAAUAUUUCAGUACCGCACUAUAUCCCUUUAUUAAAGAAAUGGUUAUGAAGCCUCCUAAGGCUGCACUUUCCCAACUCUCACCACUGUUACAAAAAGCUGCUAUCACGGAGAGUGGAAGUUUAACGAAAGAUCAUAUGGAUUUAAAAUCAAAAUUACCCGGUUUGAAGAGUACACCCAAAAUCACCAAGAAUAGUAAAAAAACCGUUCUGUUAUUAGGCUCAGGCAUGGUUGCUGCUCCGUUAGUUGAUUAUUUAGCAAAAAGGCCUGAUGUCCAUAUUAUCGUUGCAAGCAACAGAAUGAGCGAGGCAAAUACAUUAACAACGGCCUAUUCAAAUGCAGAAUCAGCUCUUUUAACCAUUGAAGAUAAUGACUCUUUAUUGCGCUUGGUUAGUAAAGCAGAUGUUGUUGUGAGCCUGGUUCCCGCAUUUUUACACACAAAGGUAGCUCAUGCGUGUAUCGAACAAAGAAAAGAUAUGGUUACUGCGAGUUAUGUAUCUAAAGAAAUGGAAGAGCUCGAGACAAAAGCACAAAAGGCCGGUAUUUUGAUGAUGAACGAAGUAGGGUUAGAUCCUGGCAUUGACCAUAUGUCAGCAAUGAAAAUAAUAGACGAAGCUAAAAAUAAGGGAUCCAAGAUUCGGUCUUUCAUUUCUUGGUGUGGUGGAUUACCAUCCCCUGAGGCGUCGAAUGUACCACUUGGAUACAAAUUCAGUUGGUCCCCAAGAGGAGUACUCACUGCAAGCGGUAAUGAUGCUAUUUAUUGGUCAAAUGGAGAGGAAAAGAGGAUAGCUGGUGCCGAUCUUUUGAAGAACCAUUUCCCCUUGGUUCAGACUCCUUAUGCUGGUUUUGUUUUUGAGGGUCUUGCAAAUAGAAAUUCCUUAGGAUAUGCCGAUAUUUAUGGCUUGGGAGAUGUUACGAAAAUGGAUACAAUGUUCAGAGGGACUCUACGAUAUCAAGGCUACUCGGAUCUUUUGUAUGCAUUCCGAAAACUUGGUUUCCUUGACCUCUCUCAUCCGACAGAUAUUAGCUCAUGUGGCACUUGGAUGAAUUAUUUUGACCAUGUCAUCACACAUGGUAGCUCAUUUCUUACCGCCGAGGAAAGACAAGACCGUGUGACGAAUAGAUUAGGUUUACCGCGCGAGCAUCCUAUGUCUGAAAAACUGUGGGCUUCAAUCGCUUACCUGUUUGAUACAAACGAAGAAUUGACUGCUGCACAAGGUGAUACUGCAUUGGACCUAUUUUCAAAGCUAUUAGCGAAAAGACUAAAAUAUAAUGAAGGCGAGAAGGAUAUGGUCGCCAUGCAUCACGAAUUCGAAAUUGAGCAUCGCUCUGGCAAAAAGGAGAAGCUGACAUCUACACUUAUGCGUUAUGGUGACGAUAAAUACACUGCUAUGGCUAAAACGGUCGGAUUACCAGCUGCUAUGGCUGUUGAGUUGAUUUUGGACAAUCGUAUCCCUGAAAGAGGUAUACAAAGACCAACACAGCCUCAUGUGUAUUUGCCCAUUCUGGACCAGCUCGAAAUGCAUGGUAUCAAAUUUGUGGAGAGUUCGCAACCUUUCCAUUCUGUUAAAUUAGAUGCUUGUGGCUCGAACACAUGGUAAAUUACAGCAAAUGGUUUCUCCAUGUUGAUUGGUGUGGAUAAAAUAAAAGCUUUACUGUCAAUCUACGCACAUUAUCUUUUGUGAGAAAGGGCUUUUCAAAUAGGCCUUACUGGU